UUGGCGUGAUUCCGCCUUCUGCAAUCACUUGAUCAAUCUUGAUCAAUCAAUCGAUCAAUUACGACACGAAUCAUUGCAUCCGACUGCGAGGAUGUCGGAUCGCACGAUGCAAGAAUCGCCCGACCAUCAGACGGGGAGGACACGAGGAGGAGGAGGAGGAGGAGGAGGAGGGUCGCAUGCGUCGACAUCGUAUCAAUCAAACGAUCACCAUCCACGUCGGUCGCCUCGUCCCACCACCCUCUCAUUCUCACCUUACAACAGUGUCCCUGGUCUACCUCGAACUCCUCCACCUCGAAGCAUCUUACGAAUCGCCGAUAACAACACCAACACGAUGCCCACUCCGGGGUCAGACGACGACUUGAGAAGGAUCGGGGAUUCUCCUGGUGAUUUCCUGGGGCUCGACUUGGGUCCAUCCGAUGAUGGAGAGGUCGAAGACACUUUUACGGGAAGGGCAGGAAUGGGCAGUCCCGUAGUCCCCAUUAGCUCUGGGCUGCCAGGUCGGAGAGGAUCAGCAACGACGUUUGCUCUCACGGCGAGUCCCGGACGUGGCUUGAGUGGGAGCGGGAGUUUAAGGCAUCAAACGAACCGAACAGUAGAGCCCAGUCAAUCUCCCUCGAACAGAUCUAGUUUGAGGCUACCUUCGGGGCAAUCCUCUACCUUGCGAUCUGAUGGCACCGUUCGACCGGAUGACUUCUCUCAUCCGAACUCGGUUGCGUCGUCCCGCCUAGCCUCGACCUCUGGGCACGGAUACGGUUCCGUACAAGCCACACCUCGGAGCGCGAGAUCAAACCUAGGCUCCGGAUCGCUGCAUCGUCGACUCCCUACUCGGCCGGACGAGGGAGGGAAAUCUAUCCGGAGGCUGAACUUGCACGGUCGAUCAGGAAGUACCGGGCAGAGCGUUGGACGUGGCUAUGGGUCAGGGUUUGCGGGGAACGAGGAGGACGACGAUGAUCUCACCUGGUCUACUCGAGGUUCACCUUUACAUGGGCAUAGACAAGGAAAGACAAGCGGAGGGAGGAGCCUGAACUUGGGCAAGUUUCCUAAGACGGCAGGACUCUUCCCCUCUUCUUCUCCUUCUUUCUCGAAGAAAGCUUUGAGCAGGAGCGGCUCGAUCGUCAGUACGACGCAAUCUAUCGCCCAGCUUUCAAAGUCUGGUCUCGGAACAGGGUCAUGGGUCGGUGGCGGGAAUGGAGGGAUAGGCGAUGCGCCGAGGACGGCUGUAGGGAGGGCGUUCAGGAAGACGGGGAGUGCGAUCCGUUUGGCGCUCGGGAGCCGGCCGGGAAGUAGCUACGAUUCGGACGUGCAGGGAGAUGACGAUGAUGAAGGAGACGCAGGUUCUGAAGACGAGCGGGACGACGAUCUUGUUAGCGAUGCGAGGUACGGUUUUGGACGAGACACUCCCGGUGCCGCCGGGGUGGAUGUUGGACGUGAAAGUGCAGGGAUAGAACAGAACCCGGGGAUAGAGGCAAACGGGACUAGGGUCUGGUACAGCUCUUACGACAGUAUAGACUGGUUACACGAUCAGAUCAAGGACUCUAUGAGACACGCCAAAAUCGAAGCGAGGGCGAGGAAAUCUUGGAGAGGCAAAGUCUGGAGGGCUUGGGAUCGGAGCAUGGGUUGGGUGGUAGUCAGCCUCGUCGGUAUCGUCACGGCACUAGUAGCCUUCCUUGUCAUCCGGAUCGAAGCGUUUCUAUUCGACCUGAAGAGCGGAAUCUGUACGGCGGACUUGUGGAAGAUGAGGAGCGAAGAGGCAUGUCCUGCUGGCGGGUGGAAGGAAUGGGGUACAUUCAACUCGGGAUGGACGAACUGGCUGAAAGGGCUGUAUGGGGGUCAACAUUUUGAGGCGGUGGUCUACUUCUGUAUAGCUAUGUCACUGGCUGUGUUGUCAUCAGUCUUGACCAUCUACAUGACGGCAUCCACGAGAUUCGAGUCGGUACCGGAAGGAACAUUCGCUUCGAAACAACAGAACCGGCGGGACCAGAAAUCACAUGCGGCGACGUUCCCGACUGAAUCCACACCGUUGAUAUCCGACGCAUCCGCGCAGGACUCUCUGGCUCGCAUGGCGGAAGAACCGAUCGGACCACCUCGAAAAGUGCUUUACUUUGCUUCAGGAUCAGGCAUACCAGAAGUCAAGACGAUUCUGUCCGGUUUCGUGAUCAGAGGGUAUCUGGGCGGUUCGACGUUGUUCGUCAAGAGCUUUGGAUUGGCAUUGAGCGUAGCGAGCGGGAUGAGCCUCGGCAAAGAAGGUCCGUUCGUCCACAUCGCAUGUUGUGUCGCCAACAUCAUCUCUAGGUCGUUCACCAAGUACGAGCUGAACGAAGCCAAGAAGAGGGAGAUCUUGAGCGCUGCAUGCGGUGCCGGUGUCGCUGUGGCAUUCGGCGCACCCAUCGGGGGCACCUUGUUCAGUUGGGAAGAGUCUAGCACGUACUAUCCUGCAAAAGUCAUGUGGCGAACAUUCCUCUGUGCCGCGAUCGCUGCUCUGACCCUGAGAUCAUUCGAUCCCUACGGCAAUGGCAAGCUGGUCUUGCUCGAGGUCACGUAUACGCGCGACUAUCAUAGCAAUUCCAUCUACGUUGUGGCGCUUAUACUGGGAUUACUUGGGGGAAUAUAUGGCGGCUUAUGGAGUCUUGGGAACAUUGCAUGGACCAAGAAUGUUCGAGCAAAAACCUGGUUGAAGAGCAAACCUAUCCUGGAGGUGGCGAUGGUCAGCGCAAUCACGACGGUCGUAUCUUACCCCAGCGUCUGGAACCGGAUGGGCGGUGUUGAAUGGGUUUCUGCCCUCUUCGAUGAAUGUACCGGGACCGAGGCACUCUGUUACGAGCCGGGCCAGUAUUGGUCAUUGGUCAAAGAGAUUAGCUGGGGGUUCCUUGUAAGAGCAGCACUCGCCUGUAUUACCUUUGGCAUCAAAUUGCCAGCCGGAAUUUUUGUACCUUCGCUUGCAGCCGGUGCAGCCUUUGGCAGGAUUGUCGGCGUCAGCUUGCAACACCUUGCACAUCGCUUCCCCCACUGGUCCUUCUUACCUCCCGAAGAUCAUAUUUCUCCCGGAGUUUACGCUCUCAUCGGUGCUGCUGCUACUCUGGCAGGCGUGACACGGACGACUGUCAGCUUGGCGGCCAUCGUAGUCGAGUUGACAGGCACUCUAGACUACGUUGUACCCGUGGCGAUUGCGAUCUUGGCCGCCAAAGUCUCAUCGGACGCGAUAUUGGCGGAGGGAAUCUACGACCUUGUGAUCGGCCUGAAUGACUUCCCUUAUUUGGACUGCAAGAAGGAUCAUCAUUUUGGCUCGAGAAGUAUAUACGAUGUUGUGGAUACGGACUUGCCGUACAUUCUCGUGGAUCAGAAGCAUACAGUCGCAUCGUUACAAGCCAAGCUCGCCGAUAUGAUCAAGUCGGGCCACCGGGAUGGUUGCUUCCCUUGUUUGAAAUCGCAAGACGGUUCCACUGGGUUAGGACUCGUCGGUGUUCUGGCUGUGAACGAGUUGCAGCAUGCGCUAGCCGAACUCGAAGAUGACCCAAAUGCGCCAUGCAACCUAUUGCCUAAUAUGGAGCACUUCAUAGGGGAGAAUUCGGUGCACAGCUUGCUCGAUAGUCUGGACGAGGAUCCGUAUGACUUGUCCGUCUUUAUAGAUCAGGCCCCCACCAUCGUCUUAACGAACGCGCCGCUCGAGCUGUUGAGCCAGAUGUUCAACAAGCUCGGAACCAAGACGAUAGUCAUCGUUGACACUCAGGGCCGAUUCGUCGGAACGGUUCUGAAAAAGGGUUGGCUUAAAUUCUUGAGGGAGAUAGAGCACGAUCACUAGGUCCAACGGUGCCUGAGUCGUUUUACCAAACUGUAUCCUAGUAUCGCCCUGUAUUGCGUGUCAGCUUGUCUACAAGCAGGGACAUCUUAGUUGCACUAUAGCUUGGUAGUUGUCGCACAUUAUUGAGAGCACAAUCUGUAGCUUAUCCCUCUCAUAGCUUCUCGAUUUCCAUUUCGUCCUGACGUACCAAUAUAAG